AUGGCUCAAAACAAGAUUCUCUAUUCUGCAAAGCUUGACGAGAACAUGCGAAGAUCAGCCUACUUCAAAACAAACAAGCGAACUGUCAAAUCAAACAUCAUGCUGAAGUUUGUGACAAAAGUGAUGGAUAUCAAGCUUCAAGGUGAAGCCGAUUUCACGACUACUCUUGAAGAUCCAAUCAAACUUUUGAAACGUAUUGAACGAUUCGUGAAGAAGAGUGCUGAUGCUGAGUAUGAUUUCUUGGAUUUCUGGGAAGCCAAUCAAAAGUUCUUUGCUAUGAAGCAAGGAACAACCGAAAACUUGAUGCAUUUCAAGGAACGAUUCUUGAGACAGGCUGAAGUCAUGCAAGAUCUAUAUGGCGUUGCCUGGUUCCGAAAUUUUGCAGUCAAGACGAAAGCAUAUGCUGUUAUUGCUAGCACCGAUACUACUGCUAAAGACAAGUUCAAGGAUGAUAUCUUUGAAGCAGUUCUUGCAACAGGAUUCCUCAAAUUCGUCAUUUACUUUCAGAUUCCAGUCAAGACGAAAGCAUAUGCUGCUAUUGCUAGCACCGAUACUACUGCUAAAGACAAGUUCAAGGAUGAUAUCUUUGAUGCAGUUCUUGCAACAGGAUUCCUGUGCAACUGUGAUCAAACGAGAACAGUUGCUCUGAUGCUGGAUCUUCAGAUGAACUACUGCAGGGAAGUGGAUUAUUAUCCAAAGACGGUCAGCAAAGCACAAGAUAUGUUGAAGAUUCACAUGGAUGUGAUCAAGAAUCCGGGAGUGAACCUAUACCAAGGAAAAGACCAACCUAAUAAAGAUAAAGGUAAAGGUAAAGGUAAAGGGAAGAAGCUCAAGCUUAAUCAGAUUGGAGCAACUGUCCCAACUACAGCUACAGUUCCUGGACCUUCUCCAGCGACAAGUGUGAUCACGAGUGGAACAUUGAGUGGUGCGGGAAGUGUUAACACACCUUUGCGACUUGCUGGUACUACAGGUACUCAAAUGAUCCAAGUUCCUACAGGUAAUCAAAUGAUGCAAGUUCCUUCGGGAAUGCAGCUCAUGCAGAUUCCAACUCAAGGUGGCGGCACUGUUACUGUCCCUUAUUCAAUGAAUGCUAACGGUGAGAUUGCGUUCAGUGGAAUGCAACUCAGCCAACAAGGCUUCUGUGGUGCUCAAGUGCGCCAAGGAUUCGAUGCAACUCAAGCUCGAACUCCGCAAGUUGUGAAGACUGGCUAUUUUGAUACGUCAAAUGUCUUUCACGAUGCUAUCAAGGGAAAGGAUGAGAACGGCAAUGAUGUCUAUCUUAUUCCAUGUCCUACUGGAACGACUAACGUCGAACUUCAAUCCGACUGGCACUACGCUAGUAAAAGUGAAGACUUGCCUGAUCUUGCUACUGAAUCAGAUCGAGGUAUGCAGUUUAUUCAAAGCCGCAGAAUCGAAAGAGAUCCGUUUGGUUUGCUCGAUCACGUCAUCAUGGACAGUGGUUGCACCAACACCACCAUUUGUAAUGGUGAACUCAUGCAUGGACUAUGUCAAGCUGAGAAAGAGCUCGAUAUGCACACUAACGUGGGCAGCAGAGUUCUUGAUGAAGAAGGGUUUCUAGGACAAUUUCCGCCUCCAGUCUAUUAUGAUGAAGACGGAAUUGCCAAUGUACUUGCUAUGCGCGAGAUGAUUGCUGCAGGAUACCGCAUUACCAUGGAUACUGAUUUUGACAAUGCCUUUGUUGUACAUUGCGAUGGAGACAGACAGAUGCGAUUUGUGAAUCGUAAGGGUGUAUAUAUGUUUGAGCAACUUGGAGCGGAUGUCAACUGCAGCUGGAGACCACGAGCCUACAGCUGA